GCAGGUAGCUAAGUGGUCAAUGCCUCGCAGAGAUCACUGAUAAGGUUGGAGGGGUUCACGUAAUCCCCGUUGAGCACAUGGGCAGAGGGACAGCAGUAUAAAAGUUCAUGGUGGGAGCAGUAGGCUCUUCACUGAACACUGAACAGGCUUCCACCAAGAGACACAUACAACAGGUUAUUGCCACCCGCCACUAUGAUGUGCUUGUUUAAAUUAACUGGAGUGUCCCUCAUCCUGUCCAUACAUCUGUAUAUCGCAGACUCUUAUCCAAACAGCGACAUGACAAACAUGGUCUGUGAGAAAUGCAAACUGAGGGAGAACAAAGUCUUCUCAAAACCAGGCGCCCCUGUCUACCAGUGUACAGGCUGUUGCUUCUCCAGAGCUUAUCCAACCCCACUACGGUCCAAGACAACCAUGUUGGUCCCAAAGAACAUCACCUCUGAAGCCACAUGCUGCGUUGCAAAAGAAGGGAAAAGGGUGGUGGUCGACAACAUCAAGCUGACGAAUCAUACAGAGUGUCACUGCAGCACUUGUUAUCACCAUAAGUCAUAAACUCCAUGUGAGGGCUGGAAAUCUACUUGUUUGCAGAAGUUAAAGCUUGGCACCAGAUACUAUAUAUUUUGCACAACUCAUUCCUGAAGUACCUUGUGUUUUAAAAGCCCAGUGCAGUCAAAAAUGUGAUUUUCCUGUGUUUUACAUUUACAUUUACAUUUAAGUCAUUUAGCAGACGCUCUUAUCCAGAGCGACUUACAAAUUGGUGCAUACACCUUAUGACAACCAGUGGAACAGCCACUUGCAUCUAAAUCUUGU